UUCUCAGUGUUGGCCACAAUUAUAAUCGUCUCAAUACAGACGCCACUGUUUUUGUCCGUAUUUUUCCCUGUUGUGAUAAUUUACUAUUUUGUCCAGAGAUUUUAUGUGAUGACAUCCCGACAGUUGAAAAGACUCGAGUCGAUCACGAGGUCUCCAAUAUUUACCCAUUUCAGUGAAACAGUGAACGGCGUGUCGACGAUCAGGGCGUACGGCGUGAACGACCGGUUCAUUCGAGAGUCCGACAAACGGGUCGACAAGAAUCAGAUGUGUUUCUACCCGAACGCCAUCUCCAACUGUUGGCUACAGGUGCGACUGGAGGUGUUGGCCAAUUGUCUCAUAUUUUUUGCGGCACUGUUCGCCGUCCUGUCGAAAGACACCCUGAAUGCCGGCGACACCGGACUGUCCAUAUCGUACGCCAUGAACAUAACGAUGGCGCUGAAUAUGUGUGUUCGCAUGUUUGCCGACUUUGAGAACAAUGUGGUGGCCGUCGAGCGGAUCGACGAGUAUUGCGAUAUUCAUUCAGAAGCCGAUUGGUAUUCAAAUCAACAGUUGUCCGAUAACUGGCCGGAAAGGGGUUGCGUCGAGUUCUCGGGUUACGGCACGAGAUAUAGGGAGGGCUUGGAUUUGGUGCUCAAAGGCAUUGAUCUGAAUGUGGGAAAGGGAGAGAAAGUGGGAAUCAUCGGUCGGACGGGUGCGGGAAAGUCGUCGCUAACUCUGGCGUUGUUUAGACUCAUAGAGUCAGCCUUUGGAAAGAUAUCCAUUGAUGGCAUAGAUAUCAGUAAACUUGGUCUUCAGGAGUUGAGGAGUCGGCUAACAAUCAUACCUCAAGACCCGGUGCUCUUCUCGGGAACCAUUCGCACGAAUUUGGAUCCGUUUAACAAGUUUUCGGACAACGAGUUGUGGACAGCCCUAGAGGACGGACACCUCAGAGACUUU